AUGGGUGAUCGACACAAGACUCCUAGAUUGUAUAAAAGUGGAUCACAAAAAAGAAAAUUAGCUGCGGAUCGACAAAAAAAUUCAGAGGAAAGUCUAUCUUCCAUUCCUAAACUGACUAAUUAUUUCUCUACUUCCAGACUGUUGGCUAAAAAUUCUAGUAGUCAAUUAACAAAAGAUUUAGUAAAUGUUGUCGAUAUAUCUAACAAUCAAUCAGAAUUCGAUGAAAAAUUAGAUGUUCAAUUACAAAAUAAUAAAGUAGAUGUUAACACAGACCCAGUGCUACAACUGGGAUUUGAAAAUUAUAUUGGUCCAUUAACGAACAAUUUAGUGACAAAUGUUGUCAAUGCAUCAAAAAAUGAUCCAGAAUAUAACUGUGAUGAAGAAUUAUUUGAAAAAUCGUCCGUUAUUCAAGAUCGGUGUGAACGUCCAGAUCAUGGUAGUAGAAAAUGUUCGAUUAAUCUUUUUAAAAGAAUUUCGAAAAAUAAAGAAAUUGUUAACCGUUUCUGGCUUUGCUUUUCUCCAAGCACUGGGAAAAUUUAUUGUUACGUUUGUAAACUUUUAGAAACUAAUCAAGGCAAUAUAUCUAAUAAUGGAGCACUUACAAGGGUUAUAAUACUAUCACAACGAGGAAAAGAAAUAGGUUGUAUUGACAAAAGUUUAAAACAACAGAUGAACGAAGAAGAAAGUGGUUAUUGGAAUAAAAUUCUUAUGCGCGUAGUUAGUACGAUAAAAUUUCUCUGUGAGCGUGGAUUGGCGUUAAGAGGUCAAAAUGAAAUUAUUGGAUCAUCAAAAAACGGAAAUUAUCUUGGCAUUUUAGAGUUGAUAGCAGAAUAUGAUCCAUUUCUUUCAGCACAUAUAAAGAAACAUGCAAAUAAAGGAAGUGGCCAUACAAAUUAUCUUUCGUCUACAAUCUGUGAAGAACUGGUUAGUUAA